UUACAGCAAGUAAUCUACAUCCUCAUUAUUUAAGUGAUACAAUCUUCUUUUGCCACCACCAGAGCAACUUAAACUUAAGCUAAACCAAACAAGGCAAAAUGAAACAUGACUUAGUGUCAACCUUUCUCUUCUUGUUGCUCCAAUGCAUUGGCAUUUUGGCUCAAGGUCCAACUCCAGCUCCAAUUCCACCACCUACUCGAGCUUCGGCUCCUGCUCCUGGACCACCUGGUCCGACUAAUGUGACAAAAAUCCUAGAAAAAGCAGGCCAAUGUUCGACGUUUAUUCGAUUGUUACAAACCACUCAAGAAAUCAGCCAAAUAACCUCAUUACUAAACAACUCCAACAGUAUCACCAUCUUUGUGCCACCAGAUAAUGCAUUUUUGAGCAUGAAAGCAGGAACUUUGAAUUCGUUUAACGAUCAGCAGAAAGCAGAACUGAUCAAAUUCCACAUUCUGCCUCAAUACUUCUCCAUUUCUCAGUUCCAAACUGCUAGCAAUCCUGUACAGACACAAGCCGGUGGAACCAGUAACCGUGAAUUCCCUAUCAACAUAACAACAAAUGGCACUUCAGUGAACAUAACUACUGGAAUUGUCAAUGCAAGUAUCUCUAGUACAAUUUACACUGAUAGCCAGUUAGCUAUUUAUCAAGUGGAUAAAGUUCUUCUCCCAUUGCAAUUCUUUGUUCCUCCAGCACCAGCACCUGCUCCUGCACCACCAAAGCCGAAAAAGAAAGAUGAUUCGUUGGAUUCUGACUCUACUUCUGCUGUAUCUUCUGGUGCAAUCUCUCUGGUUUCAGACAUAUUUUGGGCAAUCAACUCGAAUGGCGGAUUUCUCUUCUUCUUGGCUGUGUUUUCUUUUGUAUAUGUGGGCUCAUAAUUAAGUUGAAGUUGAUAUUACUAUGCAUGCAUGCAUUGUUGUGAUUUCAUUUGAUUGUAAUUUUUGGGUUUCUGCCAUUUAACUGUAAUGCAUGCAUUGUUGUAAUUUCAUUUAAUUGUUAUUUUGGUUUAUGCUGUGUAAAUUUGAUUUGGUUUUACUACCUGAUCUUCUACCUACUUGCUGUGUAAAGUUGUCUCCGUAUGACCUAUAGUUCACAGGUUCGAGCCGUAGAAGCAGCCACUAAUGUUGCAUUAUGGUAGGCUGGACCCUACGUGAAUGCGGGAAUGCCUUAUGCAGCGAGCUGCCCUUUUUCGCUGUUAAAUAGUUUGUAAUAUACAUGAAGUGGGGUUGUCUCGUAUCAGAAGACUUUAUAUAUUAAAAGACUCAGUUUUUCAAAUU